AUUCGAAUCAGCUCUACAAACAUUGCCGCGAAGAAGAGGAAUUGAGCUCUUCCUCUUUCUUUUAUUUCCGCCAUUGCCUGAGAUAGUUGGAAAAAUAUGGGCAAGCCUAGAGGUCUGCGCACUGCCAGAAAGCAUGUGAACCACCGUCGCGACCAGCGUUGGGCCGACAAGGACUACAAGAAGGCUCACUUGGGCACCAGAUGGAAGGCCAAUCCCUUCGGUGGUGCAUCCCACGCCAAGGGCAUUGUACUUGAGAAGGUUGGUGUUGAAGCCAAACAGCCCAACUCUGCCAUCCGCAAGUGCGUGAGGGUUCAGCUGAUCAAGAACGGCAAGAAGAUUACCGCAUUCGUGCCCCGUGACGGUAGCUUGAACUACAUUGAGGAGAACGACGAGGUUUUGGUUGCCGGUUUCGGUCGUAAGGGCCACGCUGUCGGUGAUAUUCCCGGUGUCCGUUUCAAGGUCGUCAAAGUCGCCAACGUUUCCCUGUUGGCACUUUACAAGGAAAAGAAGGAGCGCCCAAGAUCUUAGAUGAUGAUACAUCUAUCAGUUUCCAGAGUUAGGGUUUAACAAAUCUAAAUAAACAAAACAAAAA